UCUCCGAACUUGCCAAUUUCCUAAUCUUCCGCUCAAUCUUCAGACUGGCCCGGAUUAAUUUCCUGUCCUACCCCUCCAUCUUCCGCCCUUCUGCCAAUCUUUUUUCUCCCUCCUAUCAAUUAAGUCAUUAUAAUCUCUACGACAUCUCCAUACAUUCUUAUCUGCUCCGAGCUCCGAUAUCCUCCGCUUGUGUGCUGAUUGAGAUCAUUGGUCAUUAAACCGACUGCGCACCUUUGACUAUCUACACUUGUGCCGCCCCCCGCAUCACCGACAUCAUGCCUUGUCUCGAAAACCCCGUCCCGAAUGAGGCGCGGUUGUUACUAGUCUCCAACCGUCUUCCGAUCACCAUCAAGCGAUCCGAGGAUGGCAGAUAUGACUUCUCCAUGUCUUCCGGUGGGUUGGUCAGUGGACUCAGCGGUCUGUCGAAAUCCACCACUUUCCAAUGGUACGGCUGGCCCGGUCUGGAAGUCCCAGAGGAGGAAAUCCCCGAGGUAAAACAACGUUUGAAGGACGAGUACGGUGCUGUUCCUGUCUUUAUCGAUGAUGAGCUUGCGGAUCGCCACUACAACGGGUUUUCCAAUUCGAUUCUCUGGCCUCUUUUCCAUUAUCACCCCGGCGAGAUCACCUUCGAUGAAUCUGCCUGGGAAGCAUACAAAGAAGCCAACCGUCUCUUUGCCAAGGCCGUUGCAAAAGAAGUCCAAGACGGAGAUCUAAUCUGGGUUCAUGACUAUCAUCUGAUGCUGCUUCCGGAGAUGCUUCGCGAGGAGAUCGGUAACAGCAAGGAGAAUGUCAAGAUUGGUUUCUUCCUUCACACUCCCUUCCCAAGCAGUGAAAUUUACAGAAUCCUUCCUGUACGAAAUGAACUGUUGCUCGGUGUCCUUCACUGUGACUUGAUCGGCUUCCACACUUAUGAUUAUACCAGACACUUCCUCAGCGCUUGUUCUCGUCUGCUAGGCUUGCCUACUACGCCGAACGGAAUCGAGUUUCAGGGCAAACUGAUUGCCUGCGGCGCCUUUCCAAUUGGUAUCGACCCCGAGAAGUUUGAGGAGGGCCUUAAGAAGGAGAAGGUUCAAAAGCGCAUUGCAAUGCUGGAGCAGAAAUUCCAGGGCGUGAAGCUAAUGGUGGGCGUCGACCGUCUUGACUAUAUCAAGGGCGUGCCCCAAAAACUGCACGCCCUCGAGGUUUUCCUCAGUGAUCAUCCUGAGUGGGUUGGCAAGGUUGUACUGGUCCAGGUAGCGGUCCCUAGUAGACAAGAUGUGGAAGAGUACCAAAACCUGCGGGCCGUGGUGAACGAACUUGUGGGUCGAAUCAACGGCAAGUUCGGCACUGUUGAGUUCAUGCCGAUUCACUUCUUACACAAGUCAGUCAACUUUGAUGAGCUGAUUGCCCUUUAUGCGGUGUCCGAUGCCUGCAUUGUUUCAUCUACCCGUGAUGGCAUGAACCUCGUUGCCUACGAAUACAUUGCCACCCAAAAGAAGCGUCACGGCAGCCUAGUACUCUCGGAGUUUGCGGGCGCGGCGCAAAGUUUGAACGGCAGUAUCAUUAUCAACCCCUGGAACACAGAAGAGCUUGCGGCGGCUUAUCAGGAGGCUGUCACGAUGAGUGACGAGCAGAGAGCUUUGAACUUUUCGAAACUGGACAAAUACGUGAACAAGUACACGAGUGCAUUUUGGGGCCAGUCCUUUGUCACCGAGUUGACUCGGAUAUCAAACCAAUCGGCGGAAAAGUUCCAAGCCAGGAAGGCUUCUCUGGCCGCUGGAACCUCGGAACAUUCGAAUGGCAUCCAGGCUACGCAGCAACCAUAGGCAUGACGUUGAAAUGCAGAUAGCCAGCCCUAUGUCCGUCAUGCAAAAAGGAUCGGAUCCGAGGGAAGUCCGUAGCUAGG